AUGUUUUUUUUUCUUUACUCUCGACGUGAAUCUCUUUCGCUCUCCAAUGAAUUUCUGUAUCCAUCCUUUUUCUCCGACUCCAAUGUAUUUUCUACUCUAUUCUCUAUUCUUGCACCAAUUCAUUUGUCUUCUUUACUCUACAAUGUAUUCUUAUUCUCUUCUCUUCAUUGCAUUCGUUUGUUUCUUCUCUCUUCCCUCGCAGUGAAAAUUUCUUGUUUCUCCCUUCCCAUUUCAUGUUUUAUUCUUUCUCUUACAGUGGCAAAGCAAUAUCUAUCUAUCUAUCUAUCUAUCUAUCUAUCUAUCUAUCUAUCUAUCUAUGUAUUUUUAUCUAGCUAUAUAUGUUUGUUAUCUAUCUAUCUAUCGAUGUCAGUUUUUAUCUAUCUAUCAAUCUAUGUCAGUUUAUAUCUAUCUAUCUAUCUAUCUAUCUAUCUAUCUAUCUAUCUAUCUAUGUCAGUAUUUUAUCUAGCUAUAUAUGUUUGUUAUCUAUCUAUCUAUCGAUGUCAGUUUUAUCUAUCUAUCUAUCUAUCUAUCUAUCUAUCUAUCUAUCUAUCUAUCUAUCUCAUCCCCAUUGCUCUCUUUUUACCCCUAGGGCAAGUGUCUUGGUACAAUUUACUGUAG